AUGUCCACCGAUUUAGUAUAUAACACCAAUUCUAAACAAAUUUCUCUGGAUGAGUCAAUCGGUACCUCUGAUAUCAGUGAUGCAACUAACACCAAUAUCAGACAGAUAAAUAAGCUGACCACUGCUAUUAUUGCCGAAUCUAAUCCAAAUUUCACACCACAACCAAGUGACAAUUUAUCUAAAAUGAUCAAAUCUAUGUUUGAGACAGGUAUCAAGAAUUUGAAGCAGAAUAAAAUGCAAGAGGCAUUGAAGAAUAUUAGCCUAGCAUUGGAAAUGUCCCAAAGAAAAAGAGCGCCAUAUGAGGCUUUCCAGAUUCAAUUACAAGAUAUGCAAUUCAUGUUACGUCAAAAGAUCGAUAUUGAAUUAAUAUUGGGUAAAAACCUAGACGCGAUUCAAGAUCUUGAUAUGCUCCUAAACACAGGUAUGUUAGAUCCUGAACUUUUCUUGAGAAAAACUGAUGCCUAUUUAAAGUUGAAGCAAUACAAAUUAGCCAUUUCUGAUUGCGAGAGAGGUUUAAGUUUAUUUCCAGCUAAUCCAAAACUAAGAGUCAUGUUGCUGGAGGCUAAGAGACGUUUUGCUGAUUACAAUGGUGAUAUAUAA